AUGGCUGCCUCUACCGGUUCCACAAAGGUCGACGCCGUCGUCCAGAACAUCAAGGCUGAGACCCCCGAGAAGAAGUCUGGUCUUGCUCUCUACUCCCGAUUCGCCCUUGCCGGUGCUGUCUGCUGUUCCGUCACCCACGGUGGUCUCACCCCCGUCGAUGUCGUCAAGACCCGUAUCCAGCUCGACCCCGCUACCUACAACCGCGGUCUCGUCGGUGGUUUCCGCCAGGUUGUCCAGAAUGAGGGUGCUGGUGCCCUCCUCACUGGUGUCGGCCCUACCUUUGCCGGUUACUUCCUCCAGGGUGCUCUGAAGUUCGGUGGUUACGAGUUCUUCAAGCAGCAGUGGAUCGACGCUCUCGGCUACGAGACCGCCUCCAAGAACCGAACUGCUGUCUACCUUGCCUCUUCCGCCACCGCUGAGUUCUUCGCCGAUAUCGCCCUCUGCCCUCUUGAGGCCACCCGUAUCCGUCUCGUCUCUGAGCCCACCUACGCCAGCGGUCUCGUCUCUGGCUUCGGCAAGAUUGUCAAGAACGAGGGUGUCGGUGCUCUCUACGCCGGAUUCGGACCCAUUCUCUUCAAGCAGAUCCCUUACACCAUGGCCAAGUUCGUCGUCUACGAGAAGGUCUCUGAGGCUGUCUUCCGCAAGUUCCCCAAGAAGGACCUCUCCGACGGUAUGCAGACCGUUGCCAACCUUGGCUCUGGUCUGAUUGCCGGUUUCGCCGCCGCCAUUGUUUCUCAGCCCGCCGACACCAUGCUUUCCAAGAUCAACAAGACCCAGGGUCUCCCCGGUGAGGGCACUGUCUCUCGUCUCAUCAAGAUCGGUAAGGAGCUUGGUCUCCGUGGUUCUUACUCCGGUAUUGGUGCCCGUCUCUUCAUGGUCGGUACCCUCACCGCCGGUCAGUUCGCCAUCUAUGGUGAUCUCAAGAAGGCUAUGGGAGCUACAGGUGGUGUAGAAAUCGCUGCUUAA